GGGACCCAGAAGCUGGGGGCAGGUAGCUGGGCGGGCAGUGUUGCUGUGGUUUUAUUAAGCUAUAAAAAUAUCCUGCUUUGUUUUUUUUUAUAGGGAGGACCGCUUCCGAAUUGUUUUUUUUUUCUGUGGUUUGUUGGAAUAUAACGAGGCUUGUUGCGUGCUUAUAAAUGUCACCAAGCUAACGCCGGGGCUAGCGCUAAAGUUAGCUUAUUAUUUCUAGUUUCAGUCAAAGGCUCGAGGAAGCCACCAAAAUGAGUUAAUGUGCGAACAGACACCGAUCUGCUUAACCCGGAGCUCGGACAGUUCCAUGUUGCGAUGAGGAGCUGCAGGGUCCACCUCUGAGGGAUCAGGGUAUGAACUCGGUGUCCCCCAGUGCAGCGCAGUACGUGGGCUUAGUGAUGCAGGAUGAGCAGGUGGAGAGCUGGAGGCAGCCGCCUCUGGAGCGGCAGCGCAGCUUUGGAUUCAGAACGCCUCAAGCUUCAGAUUCCAGCAGAGAGGCAGCCAGAGAGCCUGAUGAGAUGGAGAAAGUAAAGGCCAAACUGAUGUCUGCAUGGAACAACGUUAAAUAUGGUUGGACUAUUAAGACAAAAACUUCUUUCAAUAAAGUGUCUCCUGUUACUAUUCUGGGACACUCCUAUCUGCUCAACAGUGAAGAUGAGGUGGAGAGGUUCCGUCGGGAUUUUGUGUCCAGAAUAUGGCUGACCUACCGGAGGGAGUUCCCUCCACUGGACGGCUCUACCUGGACAACGGACUGUGGCUGGGGCUGCAUGCUGCGCAGCGGACAGAUGCUGCUGGCACAGGGGCUGGUGGUCCACCUGAUGCCCAGAGAUUGGGCCUGGCCAGAUGCUCAGCAGCUAACUGAUGUGGACUUUGAGGUGUUCCGCCCUCGUUCCCCAGUACGGGCUGGAGGGGUCCCCAUCCCUUCCUUUGGAUCUUUGCGGGGAUCCAGCACCCCAGAGAAAAUCCCUGCCAGCAGUCAGGCACCCAAAUUCUGCCCGAGAAAAAGACCAGAUAGUGCAAAGGACCAGCAGGCUGAGCCCAUCCACUCCAAGCUAAUUACCUGGUUUGGAGAUCAACCUCCAGCACCUUUCGGGGUCCACCAGCUGGUGGAAAUAGGCAAAAGUUCAGGGAAGAAAGCUGGCGACUGGUAUGGGCCCUCCAUAGUGGCACAUAUACUUCGGAAAGCUGUGGCCAAAAACUCUGUGGCACAAAACCUAGCGGUAUAUGUUGCUCAGGACUGUACAGUGUACAAAGAGGACGUGUUGCGUCUUUGUGAUCCGUCACUAACACCUGCUGACCCAUCCAACCAAGCCUGGAAGUCUGUUAUCAUUCUGGUGCCGGUCCGACUCGGAGGAGAAGCCCUCAACCCGUCCUACAUCGAGUGCGUCAAGAACAUCCUGAAGCUGGACUGUUGUAUCGGAGUAAUUGGAGGGAAACCAAAGCACUCGCUGUACUUUAUCGGCUUCCAAGAUGACCAGCUGCUCUAUCUGGACCCUCACCUCUGCCAGCCGACCGUCGACGUCGCUCAAGCAGACUUCUCACUUGAGUCGUUCCACUGCAGCUCUCCUAAAAAGAUGCCCUUCAGCCGCAUGGAUCCCAGCUGCACCAUCGGCUUCUAUGCCAAGAACAAGAAAGACUUUGAAUCUUUAUGUUCUGCUGUCAGCACAGCUAUAUCCUCAUCUAAGGAGAAAUACCCCAUCUUUACCUUCGUCGAGGGGCAGGGGCAGGACUAUGGACUUGAGGGCCCCAGCAGCAACCACAGUGGACCCCUGGCCCACAUUCUGCCUCCAGGACCACUGAGCAGGAGUAACACCAGAAGGAGCAGUGAGGAGUUUGUCUUCCUGUGAGCCCCUGGGAACCAGGCUCUCCCAUGCUCCUCCACUAGGUGGCAGACUUUUUGUUUAUUCUCUUAAAAUAACUGAAGGACUUGCUGUGAUGGUGCAGCUACCAAUUUAAAGAUAAAUUGCAACUCUUUAUCUGCUUGUUAUCAAAGACCCCAUUAAAGACGAUUCAUCAGUUGAUUAAUGGAGGUUGAUUUUGAUUGGAUAGGAUGUUUUUUUUUCUUAUCAAGUAGGUCUAAUAAAUCAAAACCUCCCAUAAUAAAAGCUGUAGCUCCCCUAUAUUAUUCCUGUAUAUAGCAAACCACCUGCUGCACACAUUUUUUUAAAAAGAUGUUUCAUUUUGUUUCAGGUUUAUUUAUAAGAUUUAUGGCUGUGUGUGUGAAUACUGAGUUUGUAUAAUUUAUUUGUCCCUGAUUGUCCAGAUGUUUAAACAUCAUUGCUGGUUUAUCUCCCAGAGGUUUUGGACAGCUUCAUUGGAGCUCUCGAUCU